CGGCGCAGCACAGAGUCAGACCGGUCAUAUCAAGGAUGAAAACCGUCGACCCUUUUCAUCACCCAGACGUGGCUUGGGUGACGAGUCAGAAGUGAGUUGUGGCUGCACCCUUGCUUUGCUCAUUCCAGGAGAAGCAACGUUGGUACGAGGACUUGAUUUGCCCUUUGGUCGACUUCAGCCUUCUUGAGGUCCUUGUCAUACGGUACACUGGGAGAAGAGAAACUGUCGACACGCACUGAGGAGGGUGUAGCCGUUUUGUGGAUCACUCCAGUCCCGGAGGGAGCGUUGAGGAACGUGAGUUACUUCAUGGCUAUUCCUCUGUGAUCCGUCUGUUGGCUGUGCUUCAAUCAGUAGUGUCCCGUCACCAGCACUGGCAGCAGCAGCAGCAGCAUCGUCAGUAUGUCAGACACACCAGUACAGGCAGUAGCAAUGAGUAGCACCAGCGUAGAAGAAACUAGACGGUCUCAGGCACAACCUGCCCCAGUGAGAACGGCUGCCACCACCACAGAACCGGAAGCUCAACCUAGCACAGCUUCCAGUGCCGACGCGGAAGUUGAGGCAAGCACGUCUUCGCCAAGCACAACCCCCAGACUGCAGCCAGAAGCCCCGCCAAGCGCACCCUUGGGCCGACCGGCGCCCAAACAAACAAGCGGUCGUUCGUCGAGAGCUGCAACCUCAUCGAACAACCCCACAAAUCGCAGGCUGCGCAAGGAGUUGGCGGACAUGCUGACGGAUCCACCGCCGAAUUGCAGUGCAUCCUUGUUUAGUGAGAGGGUGGAUCAUUGGCUGGCCACGAUCAUGGGACCGCCUGGGUCUGUGUACGAAGGCGGCGUCUUCUUUCUCAACAUCCUGUUCCCGAGCAACUAUCCAUUUGAGCCACCAAAGGUGACAUUCAAGACGCGGAUAUACCACUGCAACAUUAACAGCCAGGGUGAGAUUUGCUUGGAUAUCCUGAAGGACAACUGGAGUCCGGCCAUGACUGUCAGCAAAGUCUUGCUGUCCAUCACGUCUCUGCUUGCUGACUGCAAUCCGAGUGACCCGCUCGUUGCCAACAUUGCUCGCCAGUUCACUGGUGAUCGAAGCGGGCACGAUCGCAUGGCACGCGACUGGACACGUCGUUUUGCAAGAUAGCCAUAUCCGCUGACCUAAAAGUCAGUAGUUCCAGUAAUACUGUGUUUUUGAACUUGCGUGUGCUCGAUUAUCCACUUUUACCUCCUUUUUUAAUCCGUUUAAACUGUUUUGUGAACCCAGCGUGGCUCCGGGCUUCAUUGAUUCAUGUGCAAGUCGUGUACCAGAUUGGGUUGUCCUCUAUUAUCUAAUAUUCGAAUCAAACUGCUGAUCCCUGCUGCCACUACAGUGAUACGCUGCUCUCAUCCAUCCGCCUCAUACCUCCACUGCUUGAUAGUUCUGGUCAAAAUCCCGACUUAUGCUGCUGCUCUUCGGCCUCCUCCUGUGCUGCAUGCAUGAUUGUGACAGCAGGGCCGAAGUUACUGCCUCUAAUGCUUUUAAAAACAUCACACGCGUCUCCCAGCACAGGUGUACAUACGGUAAUAAUACUGUCUGGGACUGAUUCUCGCUAUUGUAAUAAUACUAACAGUUUGUGUGCCAUGGUUUCAAUUCUGCAUUUUUCUGAUCGCCUCAACUGUUCUGAUUUACGUCCCUCGAUGGUGUCGA